CCGGUGACGUGCUGCUGGCACGCAUGCGUGCGCACUGCGCGUUCUGGUCCGUCAGCAGCAGGCAGAUGGAGACGUAGGCAUUGCAUUUGGUGAGGUCAUGUUAUUUUUAAGCCGUGAGACGGGAUAAAUCAUCGUUCGGCGGCGGCGUCCACGUCUCGCGUGCCGCUCCGGAGCCUUCCAGCGCGGAAACCGCGACGUUUGCGGGCGGAUCGGAGCUCCGAGAGGACUUUUUUGGAAGCGCAGAAAUCGCUCAUUGAAGAACUCACCAUGAACAAAAACAAGAAAGACAAAGAGUUUUACAGCGUAGACGUUGGCGAUUCUACAUUUACGGUACUAAAGCGGUACCAGAACUUGAGACCGAUCGGCUCAGGAGCGCAAGGAAUCGUCUGCUCUGCGUACGAUCAAACCCUUGAUCGAAAUGUCGCCAUCAAAAAGCUAAGUCGGCCGUUUCAAAACCAGACUCAUGCCAAGAGAGCCUACAGAGAACUAGUACUCAUGAAAUAUGUCAACCACAAAAAUAUCAUCGGCCUCCUAAAUGUAUUUUCACCACAAAAGUCAUUAGAGGAAUUCCAAGAUGUGUACUUGGUGAUGGAGCUGAUGGACGCCAACCUGUGCCAGGUCAUUCAGAUGGAGCUGGACCACGAGCGGCUGUCUUAUCUGCUCUAUCAAAUGCUGUGUGGCAUCAAGCACCUCCACUCUGCAGGCAUCAUUCACAGGGAUCUCAAGCCCAGCAAUAUAGUCGUCAAAUCUGAUUGCACUCUUAAAAUUUUGGAUUUCGGUUUGGCCCGAACGGCUGCUACAGGCCUCUUGAUGACUCCAUACGUGGUUACACGCUACUACAGAGCGCCAGAAGUCAUCCUGGGUAUGGGCUACCAAGCUAAUGUGGACAUAUGGUCUGUGGGCUGCAUUCUGGCAGAAAUGGUCCGACAUAAAAUCCUCUUCCCAGGAAGAGACUACAUUGACCAGUGGAACAAGGUCAUUGAGCAGCUAGGAACUCCUUCUCAGGACUUUCUGAUGAAGCUCAAUCAGUCAGUAAGAACCUACGUGGAAAACCGACCCCGGUACGCCGGAUAUAGCUUCGAGAAACUUUUCCCAGACGUGCUUUUCCCCGCUGACUCCGAUCACAAUAAACUUAAAGCCAGCCAAGCCAGAGAUCUCCUAUCUAAAAUGUUAGUGAUUGACGCAUCCAAGCGCAUCUCUGUAGACGAAGCCCUGCAGCAUCCAUACAUUAACGUUUGGUAUGAUCCAGCAGAAGUGGAAGCACCUCCUCCUAAGAUCCCAGACAAGCAUCUGGACGAGAGGGAGCAUACAGUGGAAGAGUGGAAAGAGCUAAUUUAUAAGGAAGUCACGGAGUGGGAGGAAUGGACGAAAAAUGGAGUGAUAAGAGGCCAGCCGCCUCCUUUAGGUGCAGCAGUGAUCGACAGCCCCCCGCAGCCCACGUCCUCCUCUUCCUCUUCCACCAACGACGUUUCAUCCAUGUCCACGGAGCCCAGUGACCCCAGCAGUGACCCCACCAUGGCCUCUGAAACAGACAGCAGCUUGGAUGGCCACACCUCUCUGAGUGUGCUGGCCUGCUGCAGAUAACAUCCAUGCGGCCGCUGCACGAGUGCAUCAUGGGAGAGCGUUAAGGCAGAAGGAAAACUUUUAAUGUACAGUUUGCUUUCAUGUCCCUAUGCUGCUGUAAAUUAUUGUGAUUGGAAACUGUAUCACCACCACUGUAUUUUUGCUGCAAAGAAUAUGUUUUCAUGUGAUUUAUGUAACUUAAGAAAGGGACUGGGGCGUGCUUUACUCGCUGCUGUUUUCAGCCAAUGAUGCAAAGUCUAAUUCCCUCCUGGACAGCACUGCAGUGUCAUGUUGGCUGUAAAUAUAUUGUUUUUCUAUGUCAAUUCUUUGUUUCGAAGGAGGUAAAUCUACCUGUAGAUUAUAAUAGCACACAUCAUCUUAGACCUUAAUGUAAAUGGAUGGUUUGAUUUGAUUUUUCUACAUUGAUUCUUUUUGUAGGUAUAAAGUAGAUAUUAGUAUAUCGAAGUUAAAGUAUUUAUUUUUAAAUUAUGUCUGUAUGGAUUUUCACAGUCCAGAAUUUUCUUUUUGUACUGUACAAUACUGUAAACUGACUGUAUUUUAGCUUCAUGGUGAUUCUUCUAGAUGAGUAAGAAACAGGUGAAUGUAAAAGAGAAAAAGAUGAUGCUGUAAAACAGUUUUUAUUGGCCCUUCCACUGGCUAUGUGAUGUGCUGUUGUUAGGGAUUGUCAUCAGAAACUAAAUCUAAAUCAAAAAUCUU